AUGGAGAAACUGAUUAUAAUAGUUGCAUCGGCAAUGACAUUUCUCCUUGCCAUAGGACCAGCCUAUGGCCAAUACUACUCCGAAACUGUUACGCCGCCUCCUCGGAGGGAGAAGAUGACCCGACUCCACUUCUUUUUCCACGAUAUCCUCAGUGGCAAAAACCCGGGUGCGGUCCCGAUUGCCCUUCCUAACAUCACCAACGCCGGUCUAUUCCUCACCUUGAUCGCAAUGGACGAUCCCCUGACCAUAGGGCCCGAAUUAACAUCGACGAACAUCGGAAACGCCCAAGGGAUCUACGUGUGGACUGCUAGAGACCCUACCAUGUUUUCUGCAGUCUUCUACGCUGAUUUCGCGUUUACGAGUGGUAGGUUCAAUGGCAGCUCCUUUGGUUUGUUCUCGCGAUAUCCGGAAACGGAAAUCGCUCGUGCGAGUGAACAAGUUAUUGAACUGGCAGUAGUGGGAGGGAGAGGUGCGUUUAGGAUGGCCACGGGGUAUGCUCUUACUCGGGUAACUUAUGCAAGCGCCGAGAAUGGAGAUGCUAGUCUCGAGUUCAAUGUUACUUUGUACCAUUACUAA